UUUCUUGAUUUUUUUCCAUCAGAUGGAGAAAAAUGGAGUUGUUCGGUUUUGCAUUUUAGUUCUCUAUGUUUGUCUUGCAGCCCUUUUGCUAGAGCAAUGUGGACUCUGUCUUCAAUUCCCAUAAUCCCUCUUAUUUCAUCAGAUGCUACAAAAACAACUCGGCGGUACAGAAUUGGAAAGCAUCUCAGAAAUUCCAUCACAAAACUUCCAAGAAAAUCUCACUUGUCCAAGAAAUUAAUUCCCUUAGACGCAUCAAAGACGGGCCCAUACGUGAGCCCGCCAUUUUCCAUGGCCCCAUAUGAUUCACUCCCUCCAAUCUCUUCGCCCGAUAAUACCUCUCCAUACUGUGUUUAUCCCCCAUUCAUUCCACAGCCGCCAUCCCCUCCCGCAUCGUCCACAUUGCCAGGCCCAACUCCAAUCCCACCUUCAAGCCCAAACCCGCCUACAGAUAUCCCCACGCCAGCCCAACCUGUGCUAAGCCCACCUUACUAUGAGCCAAGCCCACCAAGCUCGGAGCCCGGCCCGCCAAACAAUACACCAUCGCCUAGGUUCUUGCCUCCAAUUGUGUAUCCGCCACCCUCGGUCCCACCGCCACGUCAGCGGGGCCCGUCUACUGCCAUGUGGUGCGUGGCCAAGGCUGCGGUGCCGGAACCAAUUAUCCUGGAAGCCAUGAAUUUUGCAUGUGGGUCGGGGGCUGAUUGUAACCAGAUUCAGCCCAGUGGGCCGUGUUUCGAGCCCAACACUGUGCUCGCUCAUGCAUCAUACGCUUUCAAUAGCUAUUUUCAAAGGACUAAAGUGAGCGGGGGAACGUGCGAUUUUGGGGGAACGGCCUUGCUCGUCACCGUUGAUCCAAUAUGGGGCAAAGAGUGA